AUACUCUUUGGUCCUACCCACUACUAGCAAAGAGUAAACUAAUUUGGUUUGAGGUUAUAAAUUCUUCAAAUAAACCUUAUCUAAACUUUCUGUCUCGACAUUUUUCGUUAAAAAAAAGUAAUAUUAUUAAAAUGAGCACUCGAUGUAUAGACAUAGGAUUUUUGGAGGAAAAAUCAAACUGGCUUUUGCAUUCAAGAUUUUUUCCCAGUAAAGUAGGAGGAAAACCAGCUUGGUUAGAUUUAAAAAAUAUUCCAAAUCCUUCACAAUUAACUUGUAAAAAAUGCAGUGAUCCGCUAAUAUUUUUAUGUCAAGUUUAUGCACCCUUCGAAGAGAGCGACAGUUGUUUUCAUCGCACAAUAUUUAUAUUUAUUUGUAGAAAUGGCUCAUGUUGUCAAGUAAAUUCUUCUGAUAACUUCAUAAUAUUACGUUGUCAGCUUCCCCGUAAAAAUGAUUACUACUCAUUUGAACCGUACGAAGAAAACGAACAAGAGAAUUUUCCAAUGAACAAAUGGCCAAAAUUGUGUUCUCUCUGUGGUCUUAAAGGACCAUCUCAUUGUUCAAAAUGUAAAAAAGUAUUUUAUUGCAGUCGUAAACACCAAAUUAUAGACUGGCAAAAAGGACAUAAAGAAGCUUGCAGUGAUUUACAAAAAACUAAUGAAUUCAGAAUCUGUUCAGAUCAUUUCAUUGUCACAGAGGCAGGAAAAUCAAUAUUGUUUAAAGAAUGGGAGCUAAUUGUAGAUGAAGAAGAUGAGGAAGAAGCUGAACAUGUAGAUCCAAAUAAAGAAAUGGAAAAAUUUAAAAAAUUAAUUCAAGAGAAAAAAGCUGGUACUAUGAGCAAUGUAAGUGAUACUGAACUAGAACAAUAUGCAGGCACAUUACCAGAAGAUAAAGUUUUUAACAAAUUUACUAAAAGAGUAGCUAGGCAUCCAGACCAGGUUCUAAGGUAUGAUAGAGGAGGGAUGCCUCUGUGGAUUACUGGACACACAGAAAAUAGUAUCAGUUAUGUACCUAACUGCCAGUACUGUGAUGGAGAGAGACAAUUUGAAUUUCAAGUUAUGCCACAAUUAUUAAACUACCUCAAUGUUGGUAUAGAAGUCAAUAGUAUUGAUUGGGGUGUGCUAGCAGUAUACACAUGUAAAGCAAGCUGUGACACUGGACCUGCAUAUAAAGAAGAGUAUUUAAUAAAACAAGAUUUAACAAAAUGAACAAUUUAAUAAACUGUUAUUCAUAUUUAACUACCACUA